UAGUAGUAGUACCUUCAGAGGACUACUGCUAGUACACAGGGGCCUUAUCCCUGUCACUUUUCUUGUUUUCCCGGUUCCAAAGCGGCAUAGAAAAUAAACUUUAAUCUGACUCUCGGUUGGUUCGGUGGCACCUCGGAAAUGUCCGACACUGGUAGUGGACACGACGGAGGCGCCCAAAAGGACUAUUCACAGAAGAUGGACGGUGGCGGUGUGCUGGGCGGUGGUGGCAGCGGCGACUUCGACUCUGGCCAGCAAAGCCAACAAACGGAGCAGGAGCUUGCCACGAAGAUGCUGCAGAUCCAGUCGAAGCGCUUCUACCUGGACGUGAAGCAGAAUCGGCGCGGUCGGUUCAUCAAGGUGGCAGAAAUCGGUGCGGACGGGCGGCGCAGUCAGAUCUUUCUCGCCCUGUCGACCGCGGCCGAGUUCCGGGACCAUCUGUCGACCUUCAGCGAUUACUACGCAUCGCUGGGCCCGCCGAACCCGGACAACGUGCCCGAGGACGGUAAGCUAAAGUCGGAGAUGAUGAUCAAGGACAACCGGCGGUACUACCUGGACCUGAAGGAGAACGUGCGGGGCCGGUUUCUGCGCGUGUCGCAAACGAUUACGCGCGGCGGUCCACGCUCGCAGAUCGCCAUCCCGGCGCAGGGCAUGAUCGAGUUCCGCGAUGCACUAACCGACCUGCUCGAGGAGUUCGGUACGAACGACGGUGGCUACAAGGGCGAGCUGCCCGAGGGUCGCCAUAUGCGGGUCGAUAACAAAAAUUUCUACUUCGACAUCGGACAGAAUAGCCGGGGAAUAUAUAUGCGCGUGUCGGAGGUUAAAAGCAACUUCCGCACCGCGAUUACGGUGCCGGAAAAGUGCUGGCCACGGUUCCGCGACAUCCUCAACGAUUACUGUGACAAAAUGAAGAAAACGUCCGAGUCAACUACUUCUUCAAUCACUGCCGAUAAUACUUUACAAAAGCAAACAUCAAAUAAUAUGUAAAA